AUGAAGGUCAUCACGUGCGAGAUUGCAUGGCACAACAAGGAGCCGGUGUACAGCAUGGACUUCCAGCAGUGCGGCGAGGGCAGGGUCAACCGCCUGGCCACUGCUGGCGUGGACUCCGCUGUUAGGAUAUGGAAGGUGGAGAAGGGACCAGAUGGGAAGGCAGUCGUGGAGUUCCUUUCAAACCUGGCCAGGCACACCAAGGCCGUCAACGUGGUGCGCUUCUCCCCCAACUCCGAGCUCCUGGCAUCGGGUGGAGAUGAUGCUGUCAUUCUGCUCUGGAGGCUUAACGACAGCAAAGAGCCGGAACAGGCCACGUUCCAGGAGGACGAGGACGCCCAGCUCAACAAGGAGAGCUGGACUGUGGUGAAAACGCUGCGGGGCCACAUUGAGGACGUGUAUGACAUCUCCUGGACCAUCGAUGGGAAUUUCAUGGUGUCUGGAUCAGUGGACAACACUGCCAUCAUGUGGGAUGUGACUAAGGGUCAGAAGAUGUGCAUUUUCAAUGACCACAAGAGCUAUGUGCAGGGUGUGACCUGGGACCCUCUGGGACGCUACAUUACCACACUUAGCUGUGACAGAGUGAUGCGAGUGUACAGCGCUCAGACCAGGAAGAAGGCCUACAGCAUCAGCAAAAUGACCUCUGGAUCUGCGGCAGAGGGAGAGGUGAAGAAUUACCGAAUGUUCCACGACGACAGCAUGAGGUCCUUCUUCCGCCGCCUCACCUUCACCCCCGACGGCUCCUUCCUGCUCGUUCCAGCUGGCUGUGUGGAGGCCGGAGAGAACGUCACCAACACCACAUACGUCUUUUCCAGGAAAAACUUAAAGAGGCCCAUAGCACAUCUCCCCUGCCCUGCUAAGGCCACGCUGGCUGUGCGCUGCUGCCCUGUCUACUUUGAGCUGAGGACCAGGAAAGGUGAAGAUGGCUCCACUCAGCCACUCCCCAACACCUUCCAGCUGCCCUAUCGCCUGGUGUUUGCCAUUGCCUCUGAGGACUCCAUCUUCCUGUAUGACACACAGCAGACCUUCCCUUUUGGCUACAUUUCGAACAUCCAUUAUCACACACUCAGCGACCUCACCUGGUCUGGGGACGGCUCCUUCCUGGCUGUGUCCUCCACUGACGGCUACUGCUCGUUCGUGACGUUCGCCCCAGGGGAGCUGGGGACCCCCCUGAAGGAGCGCCCCUCGCUGGAGAUGCUGACGCCUGGGUCCGGCCCUGAGAAGAAGGGGAAGAAGGCGGCGGCGGUCAGAAACAGCUCUCCGGUGCCCCGGGCCGUCGGCAGCCCCAGCCCUGUCCCGCAGAGCGAAUCCCGCUCCACCACCCCCCUCUCCAGCAAGACCUUCAACACUCCUACCACAGAGGACAGGAAGAGCUCCCAGGGCUCGAAGGCCAAGCCCCAGCCCCGGAGGAUCACGCUCAACACGCUGGAGGGCUGGAGCAAGCCCAGUGCCCCGAAAGCGCCCGCCACACCCACAUCGUCUCCCGCCAAUCUCAAGGCUCCGACCACGCCCACAGCUCCCUCCAGUACCAAGGCUCCGGCCACGCCCACAUCAUCCCCCGCCAACCUCACACCCAAGGGGCCGACUCCCAGGCGAAUCUCUCUGACUCCUGUUUCUACUGGCUCAACAAGCUCGCCUCGGCCGUUCACCACGCCCUCCUCCUCAGACAAGGCCAAACACGAGAGGCCAUCCCCUCCCAAGGACCCUGUGUGCAAACCCCCGGAGCCCAAGAGACCCAAGAUGGAGGGAGCGAAAGCAGCAGGCCCCGCCCCUAACGGCCAGGACAGCGCGGACCCCGCGGGAGCCCAGCCCAGCAAGGAGCUCCAGGACCCCUGAUCCUCCUCGUCACAGCACAGAGAUUGAUGUCACCCACUGUCCCUCGGACUUAAGCACACACCCCACCGCUGCACACGGGUCUCACCAUGCCUCCCUCUGCACACCUCCCAUUGGCUGCUCGUGGUUUCAGAACAAAGAGAAUACAUGAAUUAGUCGACUUCUUGAGUGUGUACUCCUCCCCCACUCUGGAUCUUGGGUUUGAGUGAGAUGUUCACUCAUUCACUGAUGCAGAUGGUAAAACAUGCCACCGUUUACCUACAAAACAUGAUAUUUAUGAUUCCAGACAGUAGCACUCUUAAUAGGAGUUUUACCAGCAGGAGCUGCCUGAGUUUGGGUCUGCUUUUCCCCUGUAGUUCUGCUCACCCACAGUAUAGAAGCUAAGGGAGAGUUUGAACUUUUAUGCUUGACCCUCUCAGAAAGAGGCUCAUUUACUGUACAGCCAUUGGAAAAGGGAAUCACAUUUACAUCA